CUUUCACAGCAGUCACAUUUCUGGCCAGGCGGCGCUCGACUCUUGGACUUUACUUCUGCUUUCAUUCCUGGAACUUUUCACAGUCUUCAUUGUUAAUUAAGUUCUUAAGUCGGUUAAUGAAUUUAUUUAUUUUAAAAGAAUUCCACCACUGACUUGAAACAAAACGUGUGAUAGCUGAAUGCCAAAAGUGAAGAUUUCUGUCAGGAUUAACUCCAGCCGUCAUGCCUGUAAGGAGCUAGCCGUAAAACAGAUUCCAGAGCUGGUGCGACCCUCUCUCAAGAACUGACCCAGGACAUUCUCCAGCCGUGUGCCCGGCUGUAGCUGUGACGUCUGCCAGCUCCGGCUGUAGCCCAUCAUGAACCGGCCGACUGGAACUUCUAGUCGGAUAUUGGUGGACAUCCCGUGUAAGGUCUGCCAGGAUCACUCAUCAGGCAAACACUACGGCAUCUACGCUUGUGAUGGAUGCGCAGGGUUUUUUAAGAGGUCAAUACGUCGCAACAGACAGUACAUAUGUAAAUCCAGGGGUCAAGGGUCAUGUCCGGUUGAUAAAACUCACCGGAACCAGUGCCGGGCGUGCCGGUUGAAGAAAUGCAUGGAAGCCGGCAUGAACAAAGAUGCCGUGCAGCACGAGCGGGGCCCCAGGAACUCCACCAUCAGACGCCAGGUGGCGAUGUACCUGAAGGAGUCCUCAGAGUACGGCAGCGUCCUCAGCGCCACACCUUACAGGCCGCCAUUUUACCCCUCCUUUGUGACGUACGAAUCUGUUGGUGACGGAGUGACAGUGUCGGCCGUGGACCCGCCCCCAUCCAUAGCCACGCCCCCCUCUGGAAUUCUACUGCACCCGCUGCCCAAGUACCCUCACGAGAUGAUCCAGGCCUACGCCAACAACCCCGAGGCUAUCUGCGAGGCCGCUGCCAGACUUCUCUUCAUGAGCGUCAAGUGGACCAAGUCGGUCCCCGCCUUCGUCACCCUGCCGUUCCGGGAUCAGGUACUUCUGCUGGAGGAGAGUUGGCGAGAGUUGUUUGUCCUUGGUGCCGCCCAGUUCCAGAUUCCACUGGACGCUGGACCUCUGCUGGCCGCAGCAGGUGUUACGAGUGAGCACAGUCCAGCAGAAAAGAUCGUCUCCAUGAUGAGUGAGGUGCGAGCCCUCCAGGACACCAUCGCCAAGUUCAAGGCCCUACAGGUCGACCCCACGGAAUACAUUUGUCUCAAGGGAAUCGUUCUAUUUAAGACAGUGUUCGCCAACAACAACACGGAGCUUAAGACCCUGAGGGAGUUCCACUCUGUUGCCAGCCUCCAGGACCAGGCCCAGCUGACGUUAAACCAGUACAUUAGGACGGCUUACCCCACCCAGCCCUUCAGGUUUGGCAAGCUCCUGCUGUUGCUUCCAUCUUUGCGAGUGGUCAGCGGAGGAACCAUCGAGGAACUCUUCUUCAGGAAAACCAUCGGGAACAUCCCCAUAGAACGUCUGCUGGUGGACAUGUUUAAAUCCAGCGACUUCUGAACACAUCACGUCUGCCACA